ACACACACACACUUUACCCCGCCUCUCCAGUGGGAAACACUAGUCUGACGCUCUCACUCAGGUCCGGUAGCGCAUGAUAAACGAACGCGCGCGAGUCCGCUGAUUGAGAAACUGCGCAUCCACGAGGAAUCAACUAAACUGCAUCCCUGUUUAAAAAAGGUCUCUACAAGCAGUAGCCUAUUCCAGCCGUAAGGAUGGAUGGAAGUGGUGGUGAAUGGCUCAGCACUCCUGUGCCCUCGUAUUGCCUGGAAAACACCACCGUGGAGAAUUCCAGCGCUGGCCAAAUCUACGAAGUCAUGCUGCAGUCAAUGAACACGACUAAGCGCAAUCCGCAGUUUGUUGGCGUGGAGCUCCUUCAGUCUUUUAAACCCCUUAUCAUCCCGUGCUAUGCUCUCGUGGUCCUGGUUGGAGUUUUUGGGAACUACCUGCUGCUUUACGUCAUCUGCCACACCAAAAAAAUGCACAACGUGACCAACUUCUUCAUCGGUAACCUGGCAUUUUCCGACAUGCUGAUGUGUGCUACCUGCGUGCCCUUUACCCUGGCGUACGCUUUUAAUCCUCGCGGGUGGGUUUUUGGAAGAUUCAUGUGCUACCUGGUGUUCCUCAUUCAGCCGGUGACAGUGUACGUGUCGGUUUUCACACUGACAGCCAUUGGGGUGGACAGAUACUACGCUACUGUUCAUCCACUGAAGAAGCGCAUCUCAGUUCUGGCCUGCACAUACCUUCUCUCCGGGAUCUGGAUUCUGUCAUGUGGUCUCGUGGCUCCUGCUGUGGCCCACACAUACCAUGUGGAGUUCAAAGACGAAGGUUUCACAAUCUGUGAGGAGUUCUGGAUGGGUCAGGAGAAAGAGCGGCUAGCCUACGCUUACAGCACGCUCUUCAUCACCUACGUUCUUCCUCUGUCAGCUCUUUGCAUCUCAUACUUGUGCAUUUCUGUGAAGCUUCGCAAUUGCGUGGUGCCAGGUCAUCGCACCCAAAGCCAAGCGGAAGCCCAGCGGGCUCGGAAGCGCAAGACGUUUCGCCUGGUGUCCUUGGUGGUCGCUGCUUUUGGGAUCUGCUGGCUGCCGAUAAGCGUCUUCAAUGUUCUUCGGGACAUUGAUAUAGACCUGAUCGACAAGCGCUACUUCCUGCUGAUCCAGCUGUUGUGUCAUUUGUGUGGAAUGAGUUCGUCUUGUUGUAACCCAUUUUUAUAUGCAUGGCUGCACGAUCGUUUCAGGGCGGAACUGCGCAAGAUGUUCACCUGCCAUCGACGGAUUGGCAUCGGGAUUCCUGCUAACAACUGUGCAACGGCUAGUGUGGUUCUCUGACAGAAAAAGAGCACAUCAAGUUAAAAGCGGCUAGCAGAACACUUGGGUUGCACACUUGAGGAAAAAGAAAGUGUUCACAUCGGUCCUGGCCGGAACUCUACCAUCUGUAAGGUUCCACCACAUGCAUCUUGUUUUAGAAGGACACAGAUGGUCUUUCUUGGAUGUACAAGCCAUGUGAGAAAGCUGUUGGAUUUAUCCACAAGAUUUCACCAUGCUGUCUGUGAUUUGGAUGCGGGUCACCUAUGAAUGAAACUGGAUGAUGGUCUCAUUACAGAGAAAUGGUAGCUAAAAAUACUGCAGCAGAAACAUUCAGAUACCCAGCUUUCAAAAAAGCAAAUGCUUCAGCUUUAAAAGUGAAUAAGAGCUUACGCCUUUCAGACUGUUGGAUUAAUAUUGUGUAAACUGCAUGUGUUUAUACAAGAUGUCACUGAAGAUAUAUUUACAUCAAAACAGAUAAAAUAUUCAAAAAGAACACAUGGCCUAGAAAUACCAUAUGAAAUAUUAAAACCUUUUGCUAAUUAAAUGUUUUCAGAACUUUUUAGGCCUUUAAUGUUUUUGUGCUCAUUAAGUGUGCAAGAAUACAUUAUUGUCUUUAUAUCCAAAAAAAUAAGAAAUAAAAACUUUUGUCUGCACAAACAAAAGGUUUUCAUUUUGCAGCCAAUAUGACUGGAUGUUGUAAUGUAGUUGAAUUUUUUCAUUACUGAACCAAGAAUCCAGUAUCUUUAUUGUCCUGAAGCAAAUAAGGAACAAAACUAAAAAUUCAGAGAAGAAAGUGCC